AUGGAAGAUGAAGAGGGUUACAUGGCAUUAAGCCCCCGUGCUUCUGGUGGAACAUUUACCCAUUGUGUACAAACCAAGAGGAACCAAGAUAUGACCAAGAGGCUUGUUCAGUACAAAAUCUCACUGGGGAUCUUAGGGGCGAUCUGUGUCAUUCUAGGUUCAGCUGUGAUUGGGCUGACUAUAGUAGUUUUUCAGAGUGGCUUUCAUAAAGCUGAGGUUGAAUUUAUUAACACAGCUAAAAAUAAGUCAGGAAGACUGAACAACUUUAGAAGAAGAGAAACUGACUCCUGUUCUAGAAAUACUGCCAUGCACUUGUGUGAACCGUUUACAGAAAGUGCAACAUGUAAACUCUGCCCCGCCGACUGGAUAGAAGAAAGAGGAGUGUGCUACUGGAUUUCAAAGGACAAAAAGAAUUGGAUCAUGGGCUAUCAUGACUGUUCUGGGAAGAGAGCUCAAAUGCUGGUGUUCCAAAAUGCAGAGGAAAUGACAUUCAUCUAUGGCAUUGUUCCAGAGAAAUAUCCAGUUUGGAUUGGGCUUAAUUUUACAACUUCAGCGAAGUCUUGGACCUGGAUAGAUGGAACAACAUUAAAUAAAACCCUCCUUCACAGGAUCCAACCAUCUCCUUCAGAAAAUGGAGCCAACUGUGGAGUGAUUAAGGAUAACCAAGCCCGCUCUGAAAUGUGCACUGCUGAAUUUCGGUGGAUUUGUGAAAAAGAAGCCAUUUUGUUCUGACGUGUGAUAUCAAUGGUCCACAGUUUUUAAUAUGCUGAUAAGGUGCCUUG